AUGGAAGCUUCAACUUCGCCGCGCACAGCCUCAAAAAAGAUCGGCCUUGCUUUGGCUGCCUUUGAAGCCAACAUCGACAAAAAUAAUUCAAUUGGCGAGACCAGAUCCGGCCUGUAUCUCACAAAUUUCGGUGGUUCGCCGAAACGAAACGGCUACGCUUCGAACGUAUUGCUCGGUCCACAAACGUCUCCAGGGUCAUGGUCUUCUCCGACAUCUUCCAAGCAAACCUUGUUGAAACAUAUUGCUGCACCGGAUCUCUCCCUCGCUUCCCCCAGAAAAAAGGAAGCGGUGGAAACCGAAAAGAGGCUUGGGAAAAAAGAGAAAUCCAGUGACCGGGCGGGCUUUGAAGUAAAGAAUACUGACCCUUCGGUCCGUGUCGCUCGCGAAUGCGGUUAUGUUAGCUCUGAUGACGACUUGAGUGUAAUCGUUCCUCUCGCAGACGAUCUUUCGAUGGAUUCGAGUUAUGCAGCCGGCGCUGCUUUCACGUCGCAGACCAACAACAAUUAUCCUCCUACUCAUUUCGCGAUGCGCCCUGGAACCAUUCGCGGUUAUUCCUUUGACAGUGAUGACGUUGACAGCAGCCAAAGGGAGCUCUCCCACAAGUCCUCUGGAGGAUUUUCCAUGUUUCCUGGAAGGCCAUCCACGGUACGCGGAAACUCUUUCAAUAGUAGUGAUUCGGAGGACUUAUCCGAAGACGAAGUUCAGCGACCGAACCGUCGUGCCCCUCGUCGCGGCACACGCCCCAUCAAAAGCAAGGGAUGCGAAAAGGAGGCGCGUGAAUAUCCCCACAUCCAAAGCACGCAAAAUCCGGAGCUUCACACUGCAUCUCCGGAAUCCAAAAGCAGGCUAGUCUACUGCCCUCCACACCAGGAAGGGGGCUACACGGAAGAAUUGAUGCACCAGCCACUCUCGCUCCAAUCGACACCCGAGCCGCCAAAAAACAAAAACGGCAUCGCUGUCGUCCCCGACAAACUGGUGGCAUCCCCCAAGGACUUCAAUUCUGAAAGAGCCAACAGUCCCUGCGCGCGUACCGGGAGAAUUGUGGUCUGGCCUCCUCGUCGCGAGGACAAAGACAGUAUUACCAAUGCCCGAAGCUUUAUUCCAGUAGUGGAGGACCCAAAUAUGGCUGCUGUUCCCCUUAGUCCUCCCACAACACCUGUGCUGGUCUCUUCAGUCACUCUACAGGGUCGAAGCUUGCGUCCCUCCGCGGUGCGAGGGAAUUCGUUCGAUGGUAUGGAUCUCGAAGAGGAGGAGGCGCAUGCCGAGAAAAGGGCAACGCUUCGACGAGUCGUGAAGAACUCUGACGAAACAAGGGCCCAGGAUGAUAGUUGCACACAGCUAAUCCCAUCUCCAGCGAACGAACCGGACACCAUCGCCUCUAAAGGCGAUCAGCGAGUCGACAACGAAGUGUCUCCCGUGUUGGCAACGGACAGUGAACGAAGUUGGACGGCGAAGCAGUCACAAGCGCACCCGUCGUCCCGAAAGCCGGAAGCCUUCCACGAGGAUGUCUUAUCCAACUUUGCCGACCAACGUCGCGCCAUGCUGGCCCGCAAUCCGCGCAAACCCAUUGCGGCUGUCUCUCCCACCAAGCUCAAAGACCGCAUGAAGGCGUUUCAGUUUCAGCAAUCGUCCGUGUCGCUGUCGACGCCAGAUCUCGAAAGUACGCGUUCUCCCAACUCGUCCCAGGCCCGGCGCGUGGUGACCAACAAACCCGGCGCCGUCCCGGCCACCCCCACGUCGGCCCCCGUGUUGGAGUUCAACGAGCCUUGCGUGACCAAUUUCACAUCGCCCGUCUCGGUAGCGAGUCCCAUAACUUCGGUUGAUGGAACGGCAUCCUUCUCUUCGGGUGGCGACCGAGCCAGUCCGAGGUACACGACCCGGGAUUUUUCCAACAGUCCUACGCGGUCGUCAACACUCCAUUGCUCGCCCACAUACCCCACGUUUGAGAAAUACAGGUUGUUACCCACGUACGAAGAGCAGCAUGAGGCUUUACUGGCUCGGUCACCCCGGAAAGAAAUCAAUAUUGACUCCCCCACCAAGCUCAAGGAGCGCAUGACAGCAUUUCAGGGUGGUGGACCCCCAAGUCUGGCGGGGCUUUGACGAGGUCUCUGGCUCGAGAGAGAGAGAGUAUACCGGCGGUGUAUGACAACGACUCGCGCUGGUAACGGAUGGAAAUUGUACGCUUUAGGAAUAAAAUACGACAUCAUUGCAUACUUUCUUUGUAUUUUCGACCAGUCUGGCGUAUAUUCUC